CAUCCAAUACCGCUCUCCUUCUCGUCUGUGAUCUGAGAGGAGAGAGACAAACAAUGACGACGAUACCAGCGCGUCUUGCGCGCACGACGAUGCGGUCGACGAGCCCGGAGAUGGCGAGGAAGAGGGUGAUUGAUCUGUACAGGGAAUGGAUGCGCGCGGCCCCCGAAAUAUGCACCGUCUUCGCGCUCAACAUCCCCGCCUCGCAACUCCGCCAAACCAUCCGCUUCAAAUUCGAACAACACCGUCACGUCACAGACCCCAAAGUGAUCGACGUCCUCGUCACGAAAUCCCGCAUGGAGUACCAGGAGAUCAUGAACUGCUGGGCGCAGGAACCGCAUAUUCUUGGGCUGCUGUUGGAUAGCGGGAAGACGAGGCCGCAGAGGACGUUUAUGCAGAAGUUUUUGGAGGGUCGGGACGAGGACGCUGUGAUUCCGGCCGCGACUGGCUUGUAGUAUUAGACGGAUACCUACAGACC